AUGGAGCUGUUACAUCCCUCUAAUGUGUACGAGGAGUCUUGGUUUUUAUUGACCUUGAUAAAGAUUUUGGGUUUGUACCCCAUAAAAUUUUGCAAAGUAUCGUGCAUGAAAUACUUGUACGUAAUUAUAUUGUUAACGAUUUAUUACACCCUACUGUUAAUUGUAAACGAAUACGCGCUUUCUGUACUAAAAAUGAUCAAUACCAUAAAUACCAUCACAAAAAUCCGCAUGAUUCGAUACUGCACGAACAUCAUUUUAUUGCCAUCGAUGAUGAUAUCAAGUAUGCAUUAUAGCAUCAAUAUACGAAGAGUACACGAGAAGAUAAAUAACAUUGACAAGAAUAUAAAAUUCUUCAAUACAGAAAUUGAUCAUGCGCGCUGUAUGAAAGACGAUAUCGUUCGAAUCAUGAAUGUAAUAUUUGUCGUGAUACUUUUUAAUUUAAUGGAUUAUUACGGAUUUCUGCUCAAUCCCGAUAGCGAUAUGUACGUUUUAAUGUGGAUACUAGAUCGAAUACCCGAUUUCGUCAAUACAAUCAUAAUAUGUUCGUUCGCGAUACUGAUAAAUAAAAUUAAAUUCAGAUUUGCAAAAGUAAAUUCGAUUCUAAGAACCAUUACGAAAGAAAAAAGUCACUUUUUCAUUAGCGAAUCGGCUAGUGUAAACACUGGUUGCAGAUUAAAAUUAUUAGAACUGCUCCAAUUAAACUUAUGCAAAACUGUGUCACUCGUAAAUGAGGGGUAUAGAUUUCAAUUAAAAAUCGUGUCCAUACUAUAUAUUUUAUACAUGUGUCUCCAUACAAGUGUUAUCUACAUUUACAUUGAUAAUGAAACGUACACAGUUGAUGUGAUAUUAAGCGUUUUAUGGGGCACCCUCGAUAUAAUAAAACUCGUCUACAUCAUUCAUUUAUAUCAUAUAUUAACGAUACAGGUAAUUUUUUUAUAUCGAUCUUAUCAUAUUUAAAUAAACCAUUAAUUUAAUGUUUGGGCUAUGUAUCUCGUUAAUGAUAUUUUGUAUUUACAGCACGUAUGAACAGGUAUAAAAUAACUAGACUCGAUAACUUGUUUUUAUUUUAUUUUAUUUAACGCCUUCAUUAUAAAGUAAUAAAACACAACACAAAAAAAAAACAGAAAAAAAGAAGAACAAAAAAUACACGUAUGAUAUAGUGAUUAUAUCACGGCAAGUGGAUGAGGUUCAAGAACAGCUGUUUCCUAACCUAACCCUAACCCUAAACUGAAGUUUUGUAUUUGAAAUGACCGGAACAUAAUUUUAAUGGUAAAGACAGUAAAUAUAAUGUUACAUCUUUAAAUAAUGCGCUGUUGAAAGUACCAACCAAUUAAGUGUAAAGUUACAACGUAUAUUUUGUUUUGUAGUAAUAUAAAUAAUCUAGGAAAUGCUUAUCAUUCUCUUAGGGUUUCAUCGGUUUGUAAACUUAUCUUUAAGAAUAAAUGUAGAUUAUAACAAAAGACAUUCGUGUUUCCAUUUAAAUUUCACGUCGACAAUGCUCUAAUUUUUAUCAUGACGUGGUCUCGUCAACGUGCAUCAGGCGCAUGCGCAAUGCCACCUUACGUGGCAUCGGCAGCAGUCACUAUUGCAACGAAGUACAUUUUCAUCAUUUUAUUGUAAACAUUUGUGGAAAUAUUAACUUUUGUUAUGGUUCAAAUAUAUUUAACAACUCAACG